UUAUUUUGAAGGUUUCCUCAUUGAAAAAACAGGAAAGUCUCCGCACACUUCCAGUCAAAUGCAACAUUAUUUUAAUAGUAGUUGAGCUCAGCUACAAUUAAUCUGCAUAUGCAGUGUGAAUACCCGCAAGUACGGUUCUCUUCCUGCUUUCUCGUAUUUCGACGGUACAGCUGGUUAAUGCGAGUGUAUCAUGUUUAUGUUCGGUUGUGGUACUGUAUUUUUCCCAGGACUGUUCUUCAUAUCCAGGAAACUGCUUAAAUCAGCUUUCAAAAGUUGGAAUGAUGCAGAUGUGUUUGCGGUCAGCGAAAGGUUGCUGUCCUCUGUCCAUGCCACUCUGGCUACCAUUGUUGGCUUCAUAAUUGCGACUGCCUCCAGUGAUGUGAUGUCUGACAGGCACAGACUGACCAAUGAAUUUGUGUGGUUUGGCGCUCCUUACAUGGCCUUUGAUAUCUACGCUAUGUAUCUGAGUAACUACCACAGUGAAAAGGUCAAAGGGCACGAGGCGUACAGGAAGCACUCCCUCCUUACCAUCAAGCUGUUCCUCCUCCGGCAUCCCCUGCUGGUGGUCCAUCACAUGGUCCUCCUCACGGUCUUCAUGCCCAUCACUCUGUUCCUCAGGACAGGUCUAGGUGGAGACUUCUUCAUUGGCUGUUUCUUUAUGGCAGAAUUCAGCACUCCCUUUGUCUCAUUAGGAAAGGUUCUGAUCCAGUUGGGACUAGAGGACUCAUGGCUUCACAGAGUCAAUGGUGUGAUGGUUCUGCUGAGUUUCUUCACCUGCCGUAUCCUGCUCUUCCCCUACAUGUAUUGGGUGUAUGGUCAGCAGUACACCAUCCCCUUCCACAAAGUGCCUUUCCAUCUACAGCUCCACUGCAACUUAGCCAACCUAACCAUACUGGCACCUCAGAUCUACUGGUUUGUGCUGCUGUGUCGCAAGGCCUAUCGCCUCUACCUGCGUCAGACUAGGUCAAAGGGUCAACCUGCUCACAAAGAUGGCUCAAAAACAGAUUAGAGAUGCCAUCUAAUUCUGUGGUUAGCAACAUGUAAUGUCAAUUAUGCUUGCUUUGAUGCUUGUCUUCCAUGUCAUGAGUUAUUUCAAUCCUUGCCUCUGAAGGAACGGUUUGUGUGGAAUUUAGGACCUGCAACUGCCUAUGAAUACAAAACGACUGGUAUUUAUAAAAAUUCUCAGGGGUCAGACAUACUGUGUUAUAAUGUCUGUUCUAUUACUAUGUAGCUUGUGCAGGAAAUAUUUCGUGAUUUUGAAUUAUUCUUUCUACCUGAAAGAGUUUGACACUGGCUAAUCAGGAUAACUUUAUCCCCAAAUUAUUUUUCAGAGUUAACUAAAAUAUUUAAAUAUGUUGCACUAGAAAAUACAGAUUUGACAUAGACAAAUUAAAUAGAGGUGAAGCACUGAAAGACCAAGCUUUUUGGUCAAGUUGUAACCCUUUCUUGUGUUCUAGUGUGGAUGAUCAAAGUUUGUUUCAAUAUGUAAGUUUUGAUUUAAUAAACCAUUGAAAGACA